AGACGCCUCCCCUGUUCUUACCAUAUCCAAAUGAAAAGAAUCCUAGGCAUGUUCAGCUCUAAGUUCAAUUUCUUUUGGCUUGUUGGAGCUUUAUGUCUCUUUUGGUGUGCAGGAUGUUCCAAUGUAAACAUCAGUUGCGCAGAGACAGAUAAGGAAGCUCUUCUCAAAUUAAAACAUGGUUUCGUUGAUGAGUCCGGCAUGUUAUCCACCUGGAAAAGUGAAGCUGAUUGCUGUGAGUGGAGUGGAGUAUCAUGCAGUAAUUUGACCGGUCAUGUAAUCGAGCUCGGUCUUAGUUCCUUGGGAGGAGGAAUCCCAAGUAGCAUAGCUGCACUUGUGGCAUUGGCUUCCCUAAACUUGUCUAGAAAUCAUUUGAAAGGAUGCAUUCCUAUCAACAUGGGUCAAAUGGAAAGGUUGGAAUCACUUGAUUUGUCAUACAACUCUCUUUCUGGUGAAAUUCCAAUCAGCUUCUCAAAUUUGAGUUUUCUUAGUAUGUUGAACUUGGCCUUCAACAAUUUAUCAGGAAAAAUUCCAACUAGCACCCAACUUCAAUCCUUCACUGCCUCCGGUUAUAUAGGAAACCAGGGGCUUUGUGGCUUGCCACUUACAGAGAGAUGUCCAGAAGAUGGGAUUUCAAAUCUGAAUCCCAAUGCACAUGACAUUGAUGCAGAUGGAGAUGAUAAUCUCAUAAGCUUUGGGUUUUAUGCGAGCAUGGCUCUUGGCUUCAUUACUGGGUUUUGGGGAGUUUGUGGGACUUUAAUUCUCAAAAAGUCUUGGCGGCAUUCCUUUUUCCACUUCUUUGAAAACACGCAUGAUUGGAUUUAUGUUCAAGUUGCUAUUUUGAAGGCGAAGAUAAAGAGAAGGUUCCAACACUGACAGAUGGUUGGAGAAAGUUGCAGAAAUAAUCAUC